GCAUGAUUGGCCAUGCAAAUUUUUGCAAGAUUUUAAGUCAACUGUGAAAACUUCCUUUUUUUUAAAUCUUCGGGUACUCUUACUUUAGGAGGGAUGGUGUGUGCUGCAGACUGCUGUAAGUGGAUUCUUUAAGAUAUCAAGCUUUAGUGCCACAUGAAAAUGAAUGCUCAGACAGUCCUGUGGUUGUUAUUUCUGGCUCUAAUAAAAAAUUUGUCUUGUGCCGACAAACCAAUCCUCUUCACACUAGAAGACAGUCACCUGACUGCUCCAGAAGGGUCCUGCAUUGAAAUCAAAUGCAGAGUCACUCAUCCUAUUAAUGAUCUUGAUGCAUACUGGUUUUGGAUGAAGAAUGCAAGUUGGAAAGACAACAUAUUGUCUGGCACUGUCAUUUACAGCACAAAUAGAGCAGAACGUCGUGUCAGUCCAGACUUUGCAAACAGAGUGAAAUAUAUCGGCUCUCCAUCUUCAAAUUGGAACAAUCAUCCUCAACGCUCACCAAAGCCACUGUGUAGUAUUUUAAUCUGCAACCUAAAAAAAACUGACAGUGGAGACUAUUCUUUCAGAUUUCAAGGAAGGGUAAAGUGGAUGACUGAAAAAGUGACCCUCACUGUUCGAGAAAAUCCAUGCCCAAUCACUUUUGAGGAACCACCUGUCGUAAACGAAUCUGACAACAUAACACUCAAAUGCUCCACUUCAACUUCAUGUCGUUCAAACCUACAAAUUCAAGAUUCGACACAAAUGUCCUCAUCACUGCCCUCAGAGCUUCAACAAAUACGGGGAGAACCGGAAAGCACCACGCGCAAAUUUACAAUCAACUGGCAGGAUGACGGAAAGAAGUUUUCAUGCCAAACAGAAAAUAAUGAAGACAAAUAUUUGGUUCGGAAUAUCACAAUGAAUGUUGAAUAUAGUCCCAAAGAGGUGUUGGCUGAAAAAAGCCCUGGAAACGUCGUGGAAGGACAAUCUGUGACUCUCACUUGCUCUGCCAAAGGACGUCCUGUCCCCACCUUUACCUGGUUUAAAAACAAUCAAAAGGAAGUAAAGGCAACAGAGGCAGUAUGGGAGAUCACAUCAAUUGAGGAGUCACAGAAUGGAGAAUACCAUUGUGAAGCUCAAAACAAACGUGGGACAAUUAAAUCAAAACCAGUCUCUAUUAAUGUUACAUAUGCGCCUGAAGUUGAGUUGAUCGGGUCGCCUGCUUCCGUGGUUAAACAAGGAGAUGAAAUGACUUUGACGUGUAAUGUGAAGAGAAGCAACCCACAACCUAACACCUACGUUUGGUUUAAAAAUGGGAAAGUUAUUGGUCAUGAGCAGACACACCGGUAUGUUGUUGAAAGAAUCGAGCCUGAGGACAGAGGCUCCUACACAUGUACAGCCACUAACACUGUGGGCACUGGACAAUCAACACCACUUGAGAUUCAAGUUGAAUAUGGCCCGAGGAAGACAAACAUUUCCAGCAGUAAAGAGGAUAAAAAAGUGAAAGUUGGUUACUCUCUGAUAUUCUAUUGUACCACUGAUGCCAAUCCUACCCCGUUGAGAUAUUCCUGGUACCGAAACAACAACCAUAAACAGAUUGACUCCUCGCAGUGGAAGUCCAAUACAACUCCUGAAAAUGAACUACGUUUGGAGAGGGUACAAAGAGCAGAUGAAGCAUGUUACACGUGCAACGCAACCAACCGCAUCGGUACAGGGGAGGAUAGUGAGCCGGUGUGCAUACAAGUACUCUAUGCUCCAACCGAACCCACACUGACCAUGGCUACUGAGGUCAGGGAAGAUCAAACCACCACCAUCAGAUGCACUGUUGAAAGUUUCCCACCGUCAACUCUCACCUUGAAAAGGACUUCCGAAUCAGAUUCUCAGUCUUCAGAAUGGCAUUUCACUGAACCCGAUAACUAUUAUGGGUCCCCCAACACUCUCGUACACACAUUUAAUGUCACUUCAACCCACAAAGGCUUUUAUACCUGUGACGCCACGAACAGCGAAGGUUCAAAGAUGAGCACAGAAAGGAAGUUGGUGGUGAUAUACCGUCCCAAAGGCGUGACCGUACAAGCUGAGCCUGCCCUUGUUGUGAAUGAAAACCAGUCGUUGACGCUAAAUUGCAGUGCCGAGUCCCACCCACCGGUGACCUCUGUCACCUGGAUGAAGAUGAUUGAUGGGAAGAGUGAAAUCCUCCGGGAGAAUCAGACCUUCACUGUAAAGUCUGUCGGUCCUUCUGACAGCGGACUGUACAGCUGUACAGCCAGAAAUGGCUUUGGAACUGGAAACUCACAGCAAGCUGAGGUUAAAGUCAAGUAUGCUCCAAAACACACAAAGAUCACGAGAACAGCCGAGCAGCAGCAGCCUGACGGGACGAGGUCUGUGACGCUGAGCUGCAGCAGUCAAAGCUAUCCCCCCGUCACAGAUUAUUCAUGGUACAGGAAAAUGACGGAAAGGGAUGAAAGAGUGUCCGAGCAUCAGAAGCACACAGUGUAUUCAGACCAACCGGGAGACUACUACUGCACUGCAAAAAAUGAAAUAAAUCAAAGCUCGUCUGACCCACUCCCUCUGUUUCAUAGAGGCUUGAUUAAGAAACUGCUCAUCGUCCUUUUUUUUAUUAUCCUGCUCAUCCUUAUCUUAAUUGUCUUGGUCUUCAGACACAAGAGGAAGAAAUCAAGUCGACAAAGAACUACGAACACACUGCCCUGUUUUGGUUUUCUGGCUUGGUGGAAUGGCGCCAGGAGGAGGAAUCUGAUGAACGACCGUGGUGUGGCAGAGCCUUUCAGGAGCAGAGAUGACCUCUUGCCAGACCAGCCGCGCCGUCCAAAUGCCCAACGAUGCCAGCCUCGUCCAGACAACACGCCUGCAUCCAACAUCAACAGUGUUUACUGUACCGUGAAUCUGCCCACCGGACAACACGGUCCGUCUGCACAAAAGCCAAUCAGAAAGCAAGGUGGACACACACAGGAUGAUCCUCUCAACUACGCGUCUUUACACUUUGAAAAUACGCAAAAGAGCAAACUGGCAAAAGCGGAAGACGAUCUGUAUGCUAAGGUGUACAAAAAAAACCCACCUACGCAGAAUGAAGAAAGGCACGAGGACUACGAGAACGUCAGUGCAGCAAAAGCAGCCAGAUCUCCGAGUCCAUUGAACUAUGACACAGACACCAGUGAGGACGAAGUAGAGAUCAAUUAUUCACAGGUGAGCUUCAAGGCAAAUCCUGGACAUCAGAGAGCUGGUAGAGCCUCGAGUAGCUCGUCUGAUGAAGGGGAGACACAGUACUCUAAGGUCAAAAUCUGAGACUCUUAUUUUACCUUAAGCUGAGCAUACACUGUACGAUUUUAGAAAUGUUGUUGUGUAAUUCCUACUCCUAAUGUACGAGUAGAUUGUGUGCGAUGUGAAGCCAAAGCUCACGAUUUAAGUGCUCGCACUGUACGGUCCGAUCGUCAGCCUCAACCUGAGUGGAAAAUAGAAA